GCAGGCCAAGGGAGGCAAUGAGCUGUUGGGAAACUUGUGAGAGCCACAGUCCACGCCCUUUCCCGUUCUGCCCCUUGCCGGGGUGUGGCACCCCCGGCACAGGACGUAGGAUCUUGGGCAAGUCCCUCAGCUCUCAGAGCCUCAGUUUCCCGCGCUGACAUAAGCCCCAACCUCGCUCGUCUCCUCUCCCCAGCUGGGUGUCAGGAAAACGACAGAUGGGAUCCAGGCAGCCAGAGGGCAACCCAGAGGGGCGGGGGCAGAACCUGGCCUGCACUAGUCCCCCUCCUUCGGGUGUGUGUGUGAGGGCGCUUCUUUCCGCCCUCUUCCCGGGAAUUCCCCGGCCUGGGCCUGGGCUGCAUACUCCCACAUCCUCUUUUGCUGCCCUGUCAUUAGCCCUUGUGACCAAGCGGCCCACGCAACCCACGCAGCCCCACUGGGCUGGCCACCAAAGGGGAAGGCGCAGGCUGUGGUCAGGACCGGCCCAGGAGGGAACCAAGAAAAGGCGGCCAGUUCUGAGCGGCGCCGCAGGUCCUGCUGGGCUGCUGGGGCCGCGCGCAGGCUCAGCCUGACCUCUUGGAGCAAGGGCUAUACUGCACUCUGCUGGUUACCAGGCUUUUCUGACAAAAUGCUAGCAGAAGCUUUCCUACCUGGCAUCCUGUACAAAGAACAGAAGCACACGAAGUUGUACAAGCCCCACACGUGUAAGCAGAACCCCAAACAGGAAAAGGAAACUUGGGCAGAGCAGCUUUUGGAGAGCGAAGAUGCGAAGUUUCCCUCCACUGAAACAAAGAGACCAGACAAGAGUCGGCCUGAGAGCUGCCCAGAGCAUAAUAAGGACUCAUGCCUGCAGAGAUUGGCAGAUGGGGUGGUGACACAGGGCCAGCAGGGUGCAGCCCUCCAGGGGAAUGCAUCUACUGCUUUGCAGAUCCCUCAAAGAGCCCCACCAGAAGAAAAUGAGCUGGAUUUGUAUCGUUCAUGGUCCUGCACCAGCAUCUGCCAGAAUUACCCUGACCUCCAUAUUGGGGGAAAUCGUGUGGGGCAUGCUUAUGAUUCUGGUUGUUUUGUGGACCAUGUCCAUGAUGAGGCCUUUGCUGGGCCCCUGCUUCUCUCAGAGGACAUCCCACUUGGCCAUUCUCCCAUCUUCAUUAGGCCGCCCACCAUGGCAUACAAGUUCCUGCCUGGGGAUGAUGUUCGAGAAAGAAGCAUCCUUUUGCCCAAGCAGCCCUUGUCCAACUCAGUUCUGAACAGCUACAUGGAAAAGAAGGUGGACGAGCUCUACAAACAGGUUUUUGAAGAGAACCUGACCCGCUGUCACUCUGUGACCAGCCUUGUGGCUUCGAAUCUACUGAUGAGCAACUUGAAUCACCUCAGCCUUCAGAUCUCCCAAGAACAAAACAUUGAGGUGUCCCGAGCCCGAGAGGCCCUCUUACAGUCUAUGGCCUUGCGCAGCCUGUACUAUGCUUCCAAAGGAAACAGCUCAGAGCUCAGCACCCCUAGCCUGCAGAUCUCAAGUCAGACAAAUUGGGAGAAAUUGCCGAAGAUGUAGCCGACAUCCUUUGGGCUGCUGAUGGGGCAGAAGACUGUCUGCCCUUGUAUGUAGCCUUUCGAAUUCAGGAAUGGGGGAGGAGGCAGUGCUGCAUAUGGUGACACAUUUCUGUAGAGCUUAACAGUUGCCAAGUGCUUUCCUCACACCAUCCCUGAUGCAGUGGGGAAACACUGACUUCAGCUUUUUUGGACCCACUUUCUAAUUGUGGCAUGUCCAUUGUGCCUAGAGAGACACAUUGCUGGAAAGGACCUUGGAAGCAUCUGGUCCAAGGCAUGAAACAAAAUUAAUCUGUAUUCUACUGCCCCCAACAAAGGGUCAUCCAGCUUCUUCGUGAAGCUCUUCAGGAAGGGAGGAAUUCCUUAUCUCCUGGGGCAGCCAGCCCAUUGCACUUCUGGAAAUCUUUCAUUCCAUCAGACUUAGAUUUGCCCCUUUGUACCUCAUGCCCAUCGUUUCUAGUUUUGCCUUCUGGGGGUCGAGCUAAGAAUGGUCCUUUGAGUGCUUUGAAGAUAGCAGUCACGUUCCCCUGAGUCUCUUCUUCUCCAAAUUAAACAUGCCCAUUUCCUUUAACUGAUUCUCAAAUGGCAGGAACUCGAGGCCUCUUGUGCACCACCGAGGUAGGCCACAGAGGGGAGUCCCUCUUAGGGACGAAUUGGAUUAGAUGGUCACUGAAAUCCCUUCCAAUACAGAUCCUGUGAGUCUGUAAUGCUCCAAAGUUGCUUCUCUUCUUUGGGCCUCAGUUUCCUAAUCUGUAAAACAAAAGUGUGGACUCAAGAGCCUUAAAGGUAGGUCCCUUCAAGCUCUUAGUCUUUGGUCCUGGACAUGGAGAGCAAGUCCUAUUAGCCUCACCUUACACAUGAGGAAACUGAAGCCUAAGAGAGUUUAAGGGACUUGCCUAGGGUAACUUUUCAAGGAACUAACAGAGGCAGGAUUCAGCCCCAGGUCUUCUGACUCCAUGACUGCUGGAUGGGUCUAUCCACUACAAUAGGUUCUAGAUUCCCCUGCAAAUGGUGACAGAAAUUGCUUUUUGUAUCAAAGGGAUGCCCUUUGAUUACUCCCUGAAGUUUCCCUUGCCUCAGCCUUUGGCAGCUAUGUUUGCCACUAAAGUCAGGGGGGUCAGGCAACCCAACAUGCCCUUUAGAAGUCCUGGAUUCCAAGGGCUGGGAUGAUGCUUACUCUUCAGACUGGGCCACAGAGGAAAGAAAUACAUCAUGGACCAGGGGCUUCGCCAGCAGGUUCCCCUUCAUGGGUUACACUCCCCUCUGAUUGAGGAUAGGCUCUGAGUUAGCUACUGUGCAGGAAACAUUCCUUAGCCUGUGACUGCCCCCAAGAACUUCUGGAAACUGGUGAAGUUGAGCCUCUGAGAGUAGAGGCCCAUGGAUAACGCCCAGUGGUUCCUUUCCAGUUUGAACUCCAUAUUCUUCCAGCCAGCUAGAACUUGGCCACAUUUGCAUCCUGCCAGCCCUACCCCACAGAGUCCAGGGCCACCUUCAUGCCCUUAGUGAAGCAUUGGAGGAGGACUUGGCUGGCUCAUUCCUCAGAUUCUAGGACCUAAAGUUGGAAUGGACCUUCCAGAGCAUCUCUUUCAUGCUCUUCCUCUUACAGGUGAAGAAACCGAGGUCCAGAGACAGCAGUUGGUUUGCCCAAGGGCACACAGCUGCUACUUAGCAGAACAGAGAUUUGAACCUGGGUCCUUGGAAUCUGAACCCAGUGCCUCUGUCAAGCUCCAGUGAUACGAAGAGGGACAUGGAACUAUAUGGAAUGGUGUGCUUGGUGUUGACACUUGAUCCUUUUGCACUGUUUUAAGAGAGCCUUUGGCAGUAUUUUUUCAUUGCUGUGAUUCAUAGAAUGUUAGAGCCAUAAAGGACUUUGGAGAUCAGCUAAUAGAACCACUUCAUUUUGUAAAAGAGGAAAAGGGGGCCAGAGAGCACACAUGACUUGGCCAAGGUCACACCAGGACAGAGAGGCAGAGCCAGGUCUCCAAACUAGAUAACUUGACUCCAAGUACAGCAUUCUUUCUCCUGGGAGAUUAGAGGGAGAUUAAUACUGAAGAAGUGGGCUUAAUGUAUACCCACUGUUGUAGGACAGAGGAAGCUCCUUGGUGGCCUAUCUUCAGAAUGGGCUUCAGAAUCUUGACUUAAGACUAGGCCAUGUCUUAUUGGGUCAUCCUCUGGUCUGCUUCUAGGAGACCGCUGGCUUAGGAUAGGGCUCAACGUGGUGUCGUAAGGGUAUGACAUCCAAAGUUGGCAAAAUAUUCUCCCAAAGGGCAGGAUACCUACGUUCACUUGCCAAUGAAGCCAUGGCCCUCCCCCCCAUCUCACUGGCUUAUUUUGUCAGACCUCCUCUUGUCCUUGAAGGUCAGAAAGUUGGGAAGCUUGCUUUGUAUGCUUCCUUACCCAUUCCUUUCGUGGACAGGCCUGUGAACGAAUAUCGAAGAGGUCAAGAGUUCUCUUAAUGGACUACGGAAUCAUUGCCACUUACUUGAGGUCCCUGCCUCACUCUAUUUUUCUGUAAAAUAGGAUAAUAGCAGUUACUCAAAAAUAGGGCUGCAGAACCCCCCAAAAUAAGAUGUUUUUAAAGCCCGUUGAAUUUUUAUGAUAGUACUCAUACAAUCUUUUUAAUAUUUAUUUUUAUUGUCAUGCAAAGCACAAUUCUGUAUGGGUCAUUGUCGUAAGAGCAAAGUCUUAUGUAACCAACACUGAUGUGAAAGAUGACUCCAAGAGUUCUUUCUCUGGAGGUGGAGAGCCUUCCCCAUCAUGAGUCUUUCAGGACUGUCCCAGCUUGUUGCAUUUUGCUGAAAGCAGCCACGUUUCCGUAGAUAAUUCUCAUCCAAUAUCGCUAUUAUUAUGUGCAAUGUUCUCAUGAUAUAGCACUUCUGAUUGUGCUGUGUGCUGUUCAGUGAAAGCAGUGUAGCAACACCCUACCCGCCCUUCUCACCCAACUCCUGGAUGACUUGGCCUUUUGGGGUACUCCUACGAGGGCCCCAGGGGACGGGAUUUGGGAAAAAUGGACUUGAGGGAAUCGGAAAUACUGACAAGCAAUUAUUUGUUUCCCCAUUUCUUUUUGAAUUUUGUUUGUUUUUAAUGGAAAGGUCUUCACAGUGGAAAAAUUAAUUAAUGCUUCAGAUAGAUCAGCUUUGUUGAUGUAAAUAAAGACUAAUCACUGAUGUGGACAGUUUUUCCCCCACACUUAAUAUUUAGACUAACAUUUAACUUGUCAAAACAAGCAAUAGUUAUAACAAUGAGGAACUUGAAGAAUUGAGCAAGGUACUACCAUUUUUAGCUUUCUCCCUAAUUAGAAAACGUAAUUAAAAGCCUGCCUGAAUUCUUUCUCUGUUCUUUAUCAAUAAUAGUAGAAAUAAAGCAAUCUUUCAAAGAAA